UAAAACUGGAAUCGAACCAGAGAGAUCCUCAUCAAUCCAUGGCCAAUCAAUUCCAAUCAACCUCCCGGAGCUGGCGCAGCACCGCCUCUGCCGCCGUCCCGCGGAGCUACAACCAGCUGCCCUCCGCCGACGUGUUCGACGCCAGCUCCAGCUCCUGCGACGAGUCGCCGGGAUCGAUCUCCAGCAUCGCGAUAACUUUCCAGGACAUGCACGUUAACAGUAGUAGCAGCAACAGCAGUGCUCAAGAAGUGCAAGCGUUGGAUUUUGGCCUCCUCUCGCCUUCUAAUUCCAUCCAAUGGAACCAACCUUUCUUUGGAAGAGGAGACGACAGCAGCUUCCAUGCCUUGCUCCAAGACCAAGAGGACAUGACUCGAUCCAGCUUCUUGUUCCAUGACGACUCCAGCUCCACCAUGAUCAAUAACAACAAUACCAUCCCACUGAUCGUUUCUUCAUCCUGCGAUCGACCGAUGUUGCAGAAGAAUGACAGCCGAUUAAUGACGCAGUUUAUCCAUCAUCCACAUAAUUAUCCAGUUAAUUAUCAGCAGGUGCAGGAGUUGAAUCAAUCACAGCUACUCAAGCAGCAAGUGGCACGCUCAAAUUUCCAUCCUAGUGAUCAGCCAAUUGUUAAUAGCAUGGGUAACUCAGGAGUGGCUUCUUCUUCGAACUCGGAGAAGAAAGGCAGCAGUAAGAAGCCAAGAUUAGGCACAUCGUCCUCGCUAGCAACAUUCAAGGUGAGGAAGGAGAAGCUAGGAGACAGAAUUACUGCACUUCAACAACUGGUUUCUCCUUUUGGGAAGACAGAUACUGCAUCAGUUCUCCACGAAGCGAUCGAGUACAUCAAGUUCCUCCACAAUCAAGUUCGCGUUUCAAGCUCUCCAUAUCUGAAGAAUGCGCACAAACUGCAGCGAAGCAUGAAUGAAUCAGAGGAUGGUGAAGGAGAAGAUGACGAUCUCAGAAGCAAGGGGCUCUGCCUUGUUCCAAUUUCCAGCACUAAAUUCGCAGUGGCUAACCAUGAGGUCCCUAGUGAUUUCUUGGGUACCCCUAACUUAGGAGCGUUUAGAUAGAAACAAAAAGAGAUGAAAUUUCACAUUUAUGAUGUUGCAUCGGAUUCAUAAAAGAGAGAUUGAUAGAGUUUAUGCCAAUUGUAUGAUGCAAUGGUGAGUUUAAGCAAAGUUACAAAACUCAUUGUUCCUUAUCGAUA